GGUAGGUAUAUAUAUAUAUCUUUGAGGUUUGUUUACUUUUUUUCUAUCAAGUCAUGUCUGAAUGAAGUCGUCUAUCUGUAUUAAGACGUAUGUCUGGAUUAAGUAAUGUUUGUAUAUGAAACUGUUUAUUUUGUGUGCAUGGUAAACCAUCUGAAUAGAGUAAAAUAAUCAGUUUAUUAUUAUUUUAUUAAGUUAUAUUGACAAUGAAUAAUGUCAUUUAUUAACAUAUAUCUAUUCCAUAUUAGGUAUCAAAAAACUGGCCCAAUAUGCAUCUUAAUGAACGUCUCAACGGGAAGGAGUGUCUUUUCACAGCUUAAUGAUUAAGUAAUUUUUUUGAUUGAAUGAAUAAGGCGAGUGUAGUAAACAUUACUUAUUGAUUGAAUGUUUAAGUCCUCUUUCUCAUUAAAUACAUUAAGUCAUUAGUAAACUGCCCCUUAGUCCUAUUUUGGGAAGAGUGAGUGCCCAUUGAAGUUGAGGAAACUGCAUUUUCUGUAGAAGGAAUUGGAAAGAAAAAAGUGGAGGGACAUUUUGCGGAUUUUGUGUUUUUAUUUUUAGUUUAACCCUCUGUUCCCCUGCCUUAGUUUGGAUAGCAAUUCUUUCUUGGAAGGAUGCAAAUGCUACUUUUUGUGAAUGAUUACUCAAAACUCCAGCUUUUGUUUCUGGCUUCCUUUUGCCCAUUUUUUUUUUGUUUAGAGGUAACACUGAAAUAAAAUCUUAAAUGGGUAUAUAUUUACCUUAAGUUAAAUGCUAGUCUAUUUACAGAGUACUUUUCAAGAAAACUCCAAACCUAGAAAAUUGGGUUUUCUUUUUCACUAUUUGCAAUAUUUCUAGAUCUUGUGAAAAGAUUGUUAGAAUUGUAUUUAGAGUUUAUUCUGGAAAAAGGGGUUAUAGAGUUUCAAACUGGAAAUGAAAGAUUUACUCCUUAUGUGGUAGGUAUAUAUAACUUGGGGAAUCGGUAUGAUGCCAAUGAGGAGAUGCCGCUAGAGUUACGUUCAUGUGCCUAUUAUGUACUGACUAUGAUGUUUGGGGCUUCUUAGAACUUGCACGUGAUAUUGUGUUCCAUACAUGAGGAAGCCUGGAACUAUGUUAGCAAAUAGGAACAAACAGCAAAAUACUAUUUUCUACUCUCUCACUAAUCCUUCCCACUGGCAUCUGGAAUUCCCUAUAUAAUACUAGUAUACUUUUGGUAGCUGAGAGGAUAUACAUUUUUGGCAAGAAAGGCCUUGAGAAGAAGUGUUUUCUAUAACAACAGUUAUCAGUGUUCUUUCAUUUCAUGUUGAAUGGAAACCAAGCAAAUCUGAGCUCCUCCCUUUAAGCAAUUAAAUUUCACGCAGUUGCAACUCUGGAGUUCAAUCUUUAGUUUGGUAUAAGAUAUGUAGAAUUUCAUGUGCUGUGUAUCUAGAAAGUGAUGAAGUGCUGACUGAAAAUUGUUAUAUACUCUGUAUAUUGAGGUUCAUGGUUAGCCUAGUAGUGGGUAAUCUCCUUGCUUGAGUAUUUGGUUUGGUUUGAUUCCUAUCUAUCAUUGAGGACAAAUACAUUGUGUGUUGAACAUGGUUAGCCUAGUAGUGGGCUAAUCUCCUUGCUUGAGUAGUUGGUUUGGUCUGAUCCCUAUCUCUUCAUAGCGCGCGCACACACAUUGUGUGUUAAACACAACUAGAUUUCCUGGCAAUGGUUAUUUAUGUCGAAGAUAUUAUUAUUAUUUUUAGUAUUAGUAUUAUUAUUGUGUUAUUUUGAACAUGCAGGUAUGCAAAUUUUGCGGAACACGGGUGGGGAUGGAUUUGGUUGGCCAUAUAACGAUGCAGCAUGGAAGUCUUCUAAGAAAAAGGAGAUGUAAGAGAGGCUCUAAUUCAACAGAUACUAUUUUAAGGAAGGAGCUACAGGAAGGAAACAUGACAUCAUUCCAUAAGGGUUCCUUCCAUGAAGUUUCAUUGAAUACAAAAACUGAUCCUGUGUUAUCAUCUUUUAUGUACAAUCCACCUGUGGCUGAUGAACCUCCUGAUGUUCAACCAUGUUUUUACCCCGGGGAGUCCUCAAUGAAGGAAAGCUCACAUGAUGACUUUCUAGAAAGAAAUGGUGUACCAUCUCAAGUUUCUGAGAACCAAGAAGAGAAUGCAGAGAAAUGUGAAUUUGUUCAAUCUCUUAUGCUGUCUACUUUUUUUAAAAGCGCCUAAGCAAAUAUGCAGCUGUAAUGCUGGUUAUGCAGUCGAGGAAAGAGCGAUGGUGUGAGCCUGUGAGGCAUUUGGUGGCAUAAAGCAUAUCAAUAUGUAAAUUGUACUGAUAAUGGCCAAUUUAGUCUAUAUACUUGAUUAAUGUGUGUAUGAAUGAAUGGCUUGAAACACGUGUAUAUGAUGUAUUUAAGUCCUGCAAACUACUGCGUAUAAAAAAGCAAUUGCAUCUAACAAAUAAAACAAACAAAUAAAAACCAACAGCCCAGCUUAUUAUA